AUGCAGGACAACGAGUGCACCCAUCCCUCCUCACUACCGCAAGAGUCUGAACAUGAGUUCCGACCCCGAUUCUACUCGAGUCCAGCUGGCCUUGGCAUUAAAAAGUCACUUGCAUCGGUACUCGAGGAAGACGAAGAAGGCGACUUUGACAGCAGCGGCGAGUUUCGGCCAUGUUCGCUCUCCGGCUCUAUAGUGGCCAAGCCCGACACAUCCUUGGAGCUCAAGUAUCUGGCUCGCAAGUACAAAAUGGAGCGAAGAUCCCUGGACCUGUGGGCUGCUUCCCACGCUCUCGGCAGCGGCACUCAGGGACCCGAAACGGACGACGCCGGUCCCAGUAAAAACGAGCCUCUCUGCUCCGAGGGCGAUGGGGACGACGACUCGGAGGACUUGAGGCAGCUGAACCAGCGGCUGAAGGAGUGCUCCGAUGGCUUCGAGCUUGAAGACGAAAGUCCCCUCUGGAAGAAGAAGAGCGCGUUUGAAGAGGGCUUUGGGGUCGAUUUCGCCGCCCUGGACCAUCCCCACCGACAACAGCGACUGGUGGAUGGCGACAUCUUCCCAUUCCCUGAGACAAUCAUUCGCGAGCCCAUCGAAAAUGUGAACAAGCGCUGGAUGGAGAGCAUGGAAGACAUCCCUCAAAGCGAGCGCGAUGUCCCCGAGACCGCCGCCCAUGCUCACCAUGUUUCGUUUGCCGAGCGAGUGUCGGCCGAAUGCAAGGGCACCAUCCUCAGCGAGAAAGCGACUCUUAUCCAAAGCCCUGGCGCGCCCGAUCCUCAGUCGCUGCCGGACGAAUCAGCGGUCCCUGUAAAGUACUCGGUGGAUCUAUCGCACCUGAGCCUGGAUAGCGGAUAUGAGUCCCGGCGUGAGUCGCUCAUGAAGCAGAUCCGACUCUCGUCCGGCCGGCCGUCAAUGGCAUCGACCGUCAACCGAUCCAUGUCGGUGGCCACGGCCUGCAACGAGAAGUCGCCGUGUGUCAUCAAACUGGCCCCUCCCAGUGUCCUUCCCACAGACACAUGGGCAAAGAACCAACAGGCUCUCGGCGAGAUUAGCGAGACUCGCGCGCGGCUGGAGCGCCUUGGAAUGUAUCCCCCGAAAGUCUCUACGACCGAUUCGUGGGUCGUCCGUGCGCUCGAGCGAGUCGUGGGUCGGCUCUCCAGAAAGAGGCUGUUCUUGGACUUUUCAGUCAACAACCCGACAAACCGCAAGAAAAGCCACGAGGAUGUCGAUAUCUCCGCGGCCUAG